CCAUUUUCACCCUAUUGGCACCGCCGUCUUGACAACAUGGGCAAGAAAAAGCAGGAGAUGUCGCAGGUGUAUAACAAUUCCAACAACGAGUUCAUUUUCGGCGAAAAUGGUGGAAAAGGCAAACAUCUAUCAUCCUUCCUCAAGAACCUCUCCUUGACAGGCACAUCCUCCACAUCUUCUGUCCAUAGUGCGAACACAGACAAUAUCCACGAGAUCAACAGCAACAUCUACGGAACGUUGGGCUACUCUAGCUCCAAAGUCAGCUCCAACCAGAGCAACAGUGGACCUCCUCCAAAGCGAUCUGUUUCGUACAAAGACCUAGACGACGACUGGGACGCCGACAUCGACGUUUCCACAGACAGUGUAGUUAGAAGGUCGCCCGACAACAGAAAUCUCAGUCGAGUGACCAAAGUAGAGUCGAAUACGUCGUCACGGUCUUCUUUCAAUCUCCAGCCAUCUCCCAUGCUCGACUCAUUGUAUCCUGACUUGACCCUUCCAGCCACAAACUCUUCCGUAAACUUAAACUCUCAAAAGCCAACAAACGAAGAGUCGCUUGAUGUGGAGGACUACCGCACCACCAUGGAGAUCAACCGGUUGAACCAGAUCAGCUCGAGAAACAAUAAGUUCCGUAACAUCCUUAUUUCCGACUCCAUCGUCAACCUCCAGGAUCUUCGUAAACUAGCCUGGAACGGCAUACCCUCAGAAUUGAGAGCCUUGACGUGGCAAAUCCUCUUAGGAUAUUUGCCGACUAACAGAGCUCGUCAGGCCUCUACCUUGAAACGUAAAAGACAAGAAUAUCUCGAAGGGCUCAAUGCAUCUACCAUAGAUUUUGAAGAUACAGCUCCAUCUAACAGCUCUUCAUUGUAUCAUCAAAUCAAAAUUGAUGUCCGUAGAACAAAUCAGAGCAUCAAGCUCUAUGGCUAUCCUGAGACCCAACAAUCAUUACGGAAAUUAUUGUAUCUCUGGGCUGUAAGACACCCUGCCAGUGGAUACGUCCAGGGAAUCAACGACUUAUGUACGCCGUUUUUUCAGAUCUUCUUGUUGAACUACAUCUGGCAACUUCAACAAAGAGUACUCUCCAUCCUAGAAGCGGACACAUAUUGGUGCCUCUCUCGUUUACUAGAAAACAUUACAGAUAAUUACAUUCACGAACAGCCAGGCAUCAUUAGACAAGUCGGUGACUUACGUAACUUGAUUUCCAAGAUUGAUUUGGAAUUGUUGAACCACUUGGAUCAUGAAGGAGUCGAAUUCUUACAGUUCUCCUUUAGAUGGAUGAACUGUUUGUUGAUGAGAGAAUUAUCUAUCUCACUUAUCGUAAGAAUGUGGGAUACCUACCUCAGUGAGACACCGUUGGGGUUCAACAACUUUCAUGUCUACGUCUGUGCUGCAUUUUUAAUCAAGUUCAGCAACGAUCUCAAAGAAAAGGAUUUUCAGGAGAUCUUGUUGUUCCUCCAGAAUCCACCCACUGGACACUGGAAGGAAAAGGACAUUGAGCUCAUGUUGAGUGAAGCAUUCAUCUGGCAGAGCUUGUAUAAGAAUGCAAGUGCCCAUCUUCGUUAG